UUGCACAGUAGGCAUAAACAACAAAGCUCCUCAUGAGGAAGUCGGAAUAUAAACGCAUUUCUUUUCUUAUCAAAAAAAGACUGCGUUUUGUUGUAGGGAGACAACAAAGGAGGGAGUACAGGCUAUUUCUUUCAGGGACUGGGGAAGCGCUUCUGUGACCUCCCAUCCACCGCGCCUGUCCAAUCGGUUCCGGCUAUGCAAAUUCACCAAGCAGCGCCGCACCGACCCUGCCCUGGUGGGUGACGUCAUUCGCACAUAUCCCCCAGUAGUGCUGUCUGGCUCUGCAGCAAGUCAGACAGAACAGAAAAGAGCUGAGUGUGUGAGUCCAGUUGGGAGGGGCUCUGUGAAGGAAUAUUACCACCGCCGGCGUUCCAUCAAAGCUAACCUAUAACUCUGGAAUAGGCAUUUCUGUGCCCUUCUCAAGGCACAUUUCGGGAGUCGGGCUCAUCAACAAGAAAAUAGGUCCCUUUCUGGUAGGGCGGAUUGCUUGCACUGAUUUUGUAACUGUGAGAGGAGAAAGAAAAAAGCGCACUGAUUUGCACCAUUGGCUUGAAACCGGUCGGGUGCCCCAUUUUCCCAUCAUCACUCCUUUUCCUACCCAGCUUCCGUGUUUUCCCUCUUUGUCUGCGCUCACUGCUCCAGACUGCAAAAACGCAAAGAUGCCUAGCUCACUGUUCGCGGAGAUGGAGAGGAAUGGGAGCAACCAGGAGAACGCCCUGGACGACCAGAGAGCCCUGCAGUUAGCCCUGGACCAGCUCUCCUUGCUCGGCUUGGACAACGACGAGAACGGGCUAUAUGACAACGAGUCUAGCCGGAAAAAGAGUGUCAAUAUGACCGAAUGUGUCCCUGUGCCUAGUUCGGAGCAUGUAGCUGAAAUCGUCGGCAGACAAGGAUGCAAAAUCAAAGCCCUACGAGCCAAGACCAACACCUACAUCAAGACGCCCGUGCGUGGCGAGGAGCCGGUGUUCGUGGUGACCGGGAGGAGGGAAGAUGUCGCUAUGGCAAGGAGAGAGAUCAUCUCUGCGGCUGAGCACUUCUCCAUGAUCCGGGCCUCCCGGAACAAGAACACAAGCAUCAAUGGGACAACGGGAGGUGGUACCCCGGCCCCUGGACCCCCCAACCUACCAGGCCAGACCACCAUCCAAGUCCGGGUUCCUUACAGGGUUGUUGGGCUGGUCGUGGGUCCCAAGGGGGCCACCAUCAAGCGCAUCCAGCAGACAACCCACACCUACAUCGUGACUCCCAGCCGGGACAAGGAGCCCGUGUUCGAGGUGACGGGCAUGCCUGAGAACGUGGACCGUGCUCGGGAGGAGAUCGAGGCCCACAUCACCAUGCGGACUGGUGGCCUCAUUGAGCUCCAGGACGAGAACGACUUCCAUGCCAAUGGCACGGACGUUGGGUUUGACAUUCAUGGCCACCCCACCCUAUGGUCCAAGCCCAGUAACCCGCAGAGCGCUGCCACCACGUCGGGACGCAAACCUUUCUCCAACUACCGCAACGACUCAUCAUCCUCCCUGGGCAGCGCGUCCACAGACUCCUACUUCGGCACCAACAGCGGCUCGCGCAUGGCGGACUACAGCCCCCCCUCCCCGGCGCUCAGCUACACCGCCAGCAACGGCAACAACAACAACAACAACCUGAACAUCAACACCAACGGGAAUGGCUUUGUCUAUGGUGGUGACGUCAUCUCGCCCGACUGCACUGACAUGACCUUCAGCGACACCUCGCCUGGGUUCAACCCCACGCCGGCCCCGCCCGGCCUCCUCUGGUCCCAGUACGAGCGGGGGAUGACUCCCUCCUCCUCAUCCUCCAGCUCCCCUACCUCCACCUCCUCUGCCAUCUACCCAUCAGCCAAUGCUUCCACGAACGCCAACGGGAUGGCGACGAGCCAGAGGAGGAUGAACGGUGGCUGUACCCCCCAGCCCCGCCUGUCUCCGCCCCUCCAAAACAACCACGCCGGAGGACCCACCGAUCACCCCCUGGCCCGGAGAGUCCGCAGCGACCCAGGAGGAGGCCCCCGGUGCUUCCACGGGUACCCCAGCUCCAAUGGCAUGGCCUCUCUGCCCGGGCCCCACCUCCCCGGGGUGCCCUGCGACUCCUCAGCCUCCUCUUCAUCCUCUUCCUCCUCCACCAGCCGAAAGGGCAGCCGCGACUGCUCCUUGUGCUUUGAGAGCGAGGUAAUUGCAGCUCUGGUGCCCUGUGGCCACAACCUGUUCUGUAUGGAGUGUGCCAACCGCAUCUGCCAGAGGAGUGAGCCCAAAUGCCCCGUGUGCCACACAGGGGUCACUCAGGCCAUACGUAUAUUUUCAUAAGACGUUGUCUCUACGACUCUCUGACUAUGAUGUUAUUACCAAGAUGAACAUUGAUUACCAAGAUGACCAAGUCUUUCUUGACUGACAAUAUUACCAAGAUGACUGGGUCUUGACUACGAUAGCAACAACCACAACUAAAACAAGACUCUUGUUCUGCUUGAAAGGAUCCUAUUGUAUGGGGAUAUAUGUUUGUGUAUAUACAUAUGUAUGUAUAGGAAAGCUGCAGUAUCCAAAAAAGGGAUAGACAACCCUCAUCAGGGCUCCGUCGGAAUAGUUUAUAACUUACUGUAGCUUGAGGGAGAAAGAUAUUUUCAACAUCUACAAAUGCAUGUUUAAAAUACUCCAGCAUAGUAAUCAGUAGUCGUAGUAAUGAAUUGUACACAACAUUUAUGAAGUUAGGAGAAAGGCAGAAAGGUCUUGGACUGAGGUACUUAAGAGUCAUUUGGUCAGACUGUUAGCAGAGAAAAGCCUUCCUGUUCACUGAUUGAAUGUCGGAGGGAGACAAGUUUGUCAGGACAUCGGCUUCUUAAGUUCUUGUAAGGUGAAGAUACUGCAGUUUAAGGUCAGCCAACCAUGUGAGGGAGUACAACAACAUAUCCUGCUUAUAUAUGUAUAGAAUGGGAAAAUAUUCCAUGUCGAUGAAAAAGUUGUAAUAUUAAUUACGUUAAUACAGAUUUGAAGUAUGUUAUUCUUUUUUGACUUGAAGAUUAUAUUUCGUAUUGCAAAGAUGUUUACAGAUAUUUUUUAUUUAAGUUCAGUGAACUUUUUUGUAGCUGGGUUCAAAUAUGUUUUAUUUUUUAGUAUGACCUUAUGGCAAUGAUCACUGUAUUAUUUGAAUAUCACACAGACUGUGGGAUGAAAUACAAGAACCACAAGGAUGUGUAUUUACAUUUGACAGUAUUCUGUUGGGAUGGAGUUUUUUCUAGGUUCAGCAAAAAAUGUCUUUUAAAUCGCUUCACCCAGCAUAUUUUCUAUUCAGUAAUAUAAAGCAUAUUUUAUUCUAUAUUAUUACGAAAUGUUGAAAUGUAUAAAACUUAGUAAGUCAAACAAAAAAGAACAAAAAAACGUUUAUGCUUUCUAAAAAUUUGUAUGAAUUAGAUUCCAGUGGGACUUACAGACUUCUGUUGCACCACUAUAGUUUUAAUAUUUCUAUUUUAUUACAUUUGUUUACCACUUGUUUAUGUAUAUGUAGGUGCUGUUACUUGAGUGUAAAUGUACUUUAUUGAGCAAAGUUUAAGAACAAAGUAUAUUUUAUUUUAUGAUAAAGGGCCUUUAACCUCGCGUCAAAUACUAAUGUUAUAUUUGCAGAGACAAGAUUUGAAAAUGUAUCGAGAGUUUUAUUUUUCUGACAGUUCUACAUGAUAAAGUAAAACUUAAGUAACGGUGCUACUUUGUUUAGAAAAAUGAUUUCUAUAUAAGUCCAAUAAAAAAAGGGUACAUUCA